AUGGAACGAUCUGUGAGCAGUUACCUUAGAAGAUGGCUCGCAGUCCCCAGGAGUUUCAGCAGUGUGGGAUUGUAUAGCUCAGGUACCAAGUUACAGUUGCCCAUCACAUCAGUAGUGGAGGAGUACAAGGUCACGAAGGUCAGACAACUCCUAUUGCUACGAAACAGCAAGGAUGUCAAGGUACAGGAUGCCAAAGUGAAGAUCAAGUCAGGUCGGAAGUGGACGGCGAAGAAGACAGUGCAGGAGGCAGAGUCACGUCUGAGGCACGGAUACAUCGUUGGCAGUGUGGCAGUUGGAAGGCAGGGAUUCGGUGUGACAUCGAGGACGAGAUGGGGAACAUCAUCUGAUAAGGAGCGGAGGCAGUUGAUUCAGAAGGAGGUACGCUCAAUGGAAGAGGAUCCAAGAAUGGUCAGAGCAGUGGGAAUGAAGAAGCAGGGAAGUUGGCUGAACUGGGAAGGAGUGCGCCAGAAGAAACUGUCCUGGAAGGAGAUAUGGAGUAUGGAACCCCAAAGACUGCAAUUCCAGCUGAAGUCUGUAUACGAUGUGUUGCCGACACCAACCAAUCUUGCGACAUGGGGUAUAACAGACGACCCAAACUGUAAGCUUUGUGGGAGGCCAGCAAACCUGGACCAUACCUUAUCUUCUUGUUCAGUUGCCUUGGCGGAUGGGAGGUACACUUGGCGACACGAUAAGAUAUUGUCUGUCCUUGCAGAUACACUGGAGAGAAGCAGGAAGAAACCAAGGAAAAAGAAAAGGGGCCUGCGAUUUGUAAACUUUGUCAAGGCCGGGGAGCAGACUACGAGAAGCACAGUGGAAGGGAGCGGAUUGUUAGGAACAGCAGGAGAUUGGCAGAUGAGAGCAGACCUCAAGGGCCGCAUGCAGUUUCCACAAGAAAUAGCAGUUACCAAUCAGAGGCCAGACAUCGUCCUGUGGUCUACAUCCAUCAAACAGGCUGUUCUUGUGGAGCUGACCGUGCCAUGGGAGGAGAGAAUCGAGGAAGCCCACGAGCGGAAGCGGAGCAAAUACCAAGAUCUAGUAGCAGAUUGUCAACAGCAGGGGUGGAAAGUGUGGUGUCUUCCAGUGGAGGUGGGAUGCCGAGGUUUCGUUGGGCAGUCGAUGUGGAGGGCACUUCGGAUCAUCGGUAUCACAGGGCCAGAGAGGAGACAACUUAUAGGACACCUGGGCAGGGAAGCAGAGCUGGCAUCUAUUUGGCUGUGGAGGAAGAGAAACGACAAGUGGACAGGAAAGACUGAUCAUUAA